AUGACCAGCCUUUCCAACGCCUCUGUUGAUCUGACCAGAGCCGCUAUCAGCCUACCAUCAGCCUAUUCAAACUAUGUCGCGUCCAACUCUUCAUCUGUCUCUGGCAUCGAAACUAGCCUGCGCUCUUUGACCUACCUUCUCCCUGGCACAAGAUAUCACGACUCCGAACUGGCGUCCGAGGGGGUACAUACAUUUGUGCAGCUUUUGUCAAUCUAUCAUGACCAUCUCCUGAAAAACCGUGAAGCUCUGGGUGCCCUGUUGCCGACGGCUAUCAAGGCAAAUACUACAAAAACACAAAGGACAAAACCUUCCCUUCACGCGCGCUACACGAUGUUUUGGACUUCGUCCUCCUCACUCUAUACCAAAAUCGCAACUCUUUUGAAAGUUGCGCAAUAUACAGAAUUGCUGUGGGAGAUGAUUGCACGGCGCAGAGGUGGCGAAAAGACAAGGUGGCGAGUGGUCGUUUUGUUGGAGACAUUCAAAGCUGUUUGCCGGCUUUUGCUAAUGCGCCUUACACACGCGCGACCACUAGUCAGUCCGCCGAUGCCUCUGAGAGAGGAUCUUGCGCCCGUCCAAUCUGAAGACUCAGACCAGGAAUUCUCAGAAGACUUGAGAUUGGCAGAUGACGAGGGGUCAAUCGAUAUCAAGGGAGCGCUGGGCGAUGCCGGUGUCCUAACGCCACCCCUGUCAGAUGCUGGCAAGCCUGCUUCGUCAUUGUCCACCACCGAGCCCUACAGCAUGCCACGGACCGGGUUCACUCUGCCGACUUUACCCACGCCGGAUACGGUAUCGGCGUAUCUGCUUGAUCAUGUUCUCACUGCGGACGAUGUUAAGCCAGCCAAGGACUUGCUCCAUCAGUUGGCAACCCUGCGCGGGCAGGCCGCCGAAGUCAUGUACAUCCUCCGACCUGUUAUUUACGCACUAAUGAUGCAAAGGGUUGCUGGCAUAUACGGCUAUGAAGGGUCGAAGUGGAAGCGGCACUGGACUCCAUGGUUGAUCGGCAUCACGAUGGAAUACCUCGCUCGACAACUUGCCAAACAAGACCUCGCAUCCCGAGUACCCGGGGGUGCGAGAACUGGACUGUCGGCCCUGGAACGCGAAGAGUUGCGGAAGCGAGGAUGGGGUCUUGCCUGGUGGGGCAUGAGAGGUGCCUUCUAUGAAAAUAUUACCAAGAAGUGGGUGUAUGGCGUGGCCGAAGCAUUGAAAGGCAAGCCCGUCCUAGACCUGGUCGGAGUCGUUGUUGAUGAGUAUGAAUUUCUCUGGAGUAAUUAUUAUUUCAGCACCUCCACAAUGUGA